GGUUCUGCAGCAUUCCAGACCUCGAGCACCGAAUCAGGAUGGGAAAAAGACGUUGUGUUCCUCCACUGGAGCCCAAGUUGGCAGCAGGCUGUUGUGGGGUCAAGAAACCCAAAUUAUCUGGAAGUGGAACGCACAGUCACGGGAACCAGUCCACAACUGUCCCCGGCUCUAGUUCAGGACCUCUUCAAAACCACCAGCAUGUGGACAGCAGCAGUGGACGGGAGAAUGUGUCAGACUUAACUCUGGGACCUGGAAACUCUCCCAUCACACGAAUGAAUCCCGCAUCGGGAGCGCUGAGCCCUCUUCCCCGGCCCAAUGGAACUGCCAACACCACUAAGAAUCUGGUGGUGACUGCAGAGAUGUGCUGCUACUGCUUUGACGUACUCUACUGUCACCUCUAUGGCUUCCCACAGCCACGACUUCCUAGAUUCACCAAUGACCCCUAUCCGCUCUUUGUGACAUGGAAGACAGGGCGGGACAAGCGGCUUCGUGGCUGCAUUGGGACCUUCUCAGCCAUGAAUCUUCAUUCAGGACUCAGGGAAUACACGUUAACCAGUGCACUUAAGGACAGCCGAUUUCCCCCCCUGACCCGAGAGGAGCUGCCUAAGCUUUUCUGCUCUGUCUCCCUCCUUACUAACUUUGAGGAUGCCAGUGAUUACCUGGACUGGGAGGUAGGGGUCCAUGGGAUUCGAAUUGAAUUCAUCAAUGAAAAAGGUGUUAAACGUACAGCCACAUACUUACCUGAGGUUGCUAAGGAACAAGACUGGGAUCAGAUUCAGACAAUAGACUCCUUGCUCAGGAAAGGUGGCUUUAAGGCUCCAAUUACCAGUGAAUUCAGAAAAACGAUCAAACUCACCAGGUACCGGAGUGAGAAGGUGACAAUCAGCUAUGCAGAAUAUAUUGCUUCUCGACAGCACUGUUUCCAGAAUGGCACUCUUCAUGCCCCGCCCCUCUACAAUCAUUACUCCUGACACACGGCUGCAUGACCAGUCCCACCCCCCUGUGGCCACCAAUGGCUAUGACAUCAUUGGAGCAGAUGCCUCCUCUUCCUGGUCCAGUUACUUCUAUUACUGCACCAUUUUAUGAUGCUAGCUUCCGUUGCCAAGUCUGCCUCCUGCUGACUGAGGGGGGGGCGGGUUACAUUGAAUGAAACAGAACUUGAGGGGCCCAAGCCUUAUCUCAGCCUUUCCUCAGUAUGGGGUUCCGUUGGAUUGGGGCUCCUCCAUGACUAGUGAGAAUCACCGCUGGGUUCAGAAGCCCCUUGUCUGGUGAUUGGCCACAUGUGUGGUGUUGGCCACACGCCGGAAGCUGGAAUUGAUGGUCCAUGAAGGCUUAACCCACACACCCCUACAGCCUCCCCAGAUCAAGUAGGUGUAUUCCCCUGGCAGUCUGGGCAACGGAGACCAACAAGAAACAUUUUUAGGUUGUUUUAAAUUCCUUUUUUUAAACUUCCAGUUUAUUGCAUACCAAGAGUUGAUUACAACCUCCAUGCUUCAUAAGUGGACGCCACAUUAGGGUCGGACGUGGGCACCAUGAGUCAGUCAAGGCUCCUGGACAGAGACCCACAUCAAGAUCGGAAGCCCUUCGGGUGGCGUUGUAGAUCUCAUUGCUCAAUAAGCCGUGAAGGUUUUAAUUCUCAUCCCACUCUCAGUUGGAUUUUCUGGCACUCUUCCUGCAUUGAGUCUCCCAGGAUUGAACAGAACUCUGUGGUGUAGCCUGCUGAGGAAUGGAAUGCAGAUGCCCAUGGGAGGUCCCGAUGUCAUCGAUGUCGCUGCGGUCAGGUGUGAAAGGAGAGACCUCUUCUUACCACCCGGCUACCUCACUCCUCUACUGGUAGCAGUGCCUAUAGCUGGAGCUAGGUUCUCAGAAGCACAGGUGUGCAAACAAGCAGUUGAGUUGGGCUUUAGGAGGACACCUUGUCAUAGGAGAGAAUCUGGGGUCGCCAGGCUGGUUUCUUUUCAGGCAAAUGUCCUGAGGGACCUUUAAGCAGGGGAGUUCCUUUUUCUAGUUUGCCUAUAGAAGUGGGAAGACUGUUGAUGUUUCGGUCCUUUAUAGGACUUUAGAAUGAAGCUGUGUAACUAUACAAGGUGAAUCUGUGUCUUGCCUAACAUGCUGGGAAUCUUCACCCCACCAGGGCAAAUUUCCAAAUAGCUCAUUUUAUUCUAGGUCUUUCAAACUUUCGUGUGACAUAUUUCCUUGUCCCAUUGUUGCUGAUUUCUAAAUAGCUGUCGGCAAGUUUUUCCUCCCUCUUGCCUAUUCUUCACUCAUUUGGUGGCAGAGUUCAUAGAACUUAGGGGACUUGGAAGAUGCUUUGAAAACACUGUCACAAAGGCACUGCUAAAAUGAUUCACAGGAAGAGUGGCCAGUUGGAAGAAAGGAUCCUAAGGACGUUACACUGGUUUUCAACAACAUGCUUAGAGAACUCUUGAAGUGGAUUGGGUGUCAACCCGGUGAACACAAUGUUUUGAUUUAAUUUAUUUUUUAGAGUUUAUGUGGUGAUGGUGUGGCUUUCUAAAAUGGGCAAAUAUUCAAGUCAAAAGAUCCUUUGAGUUUUCAUCUGCCAGGAAUGGGGGAGGGAAGUGGGGGCACAAUCUGAGAAAGGACAUGUGUGCUCUUCCAGGCGGUGCUGGGAGGUUUGUGGGAAGGAAAGGGUGAGGGUGAGUGGGUUUGCUCAGUACUGUCCUGUGCUGCUCACAAGGACCUGGGACGUGCAAGGGAAACGGUGACAUCAGGGUGUCCAGGCCACAGCCCCCCAACUGCUGUGCUGGGUUCCCACAGCCUGCCACGUUUCCCUUGGUGAUGGAAAUGAAAAUGAAGGGGUCAUUUCAUGAUUUCCUGCUGCUGAGAAUAAUAAAUGUUUUGUUACAAACACAUGUGACAGCAGUUACUCUUAGGUGCCAUGGAUUGAUGUCAGGGUGGUCAGCUCUGGACUAAGCCACCCACCUCCAAUUUGUACAACAGUAUUGAUACAUAGGGCUACACUCAUUACUGUUCAAGUGUUCUAUGUUAAAAGUUGUGUUUAAUUUCUAAAGAUUAAAAAAAGCAAAAAAAUUGGUGCUAAACUUUCACCCCUGAGCACGCUCAGUGAGACUGGUCAUGCAAGCAUUACAGUGCCAUGCUCCUCAAGCCUAUUUUUUCUUGUAGAAAUGUUGCCCUAUUUGUCUUCCCCAAUGUAUAAUAUGUUUUUUAUUUUAUUUUAUUGAGGGUGGGGUAGAAUACCUGCCAUUUAAGAAAAUGAAUAGAAAAAUUUUAAACCCAGGAAAUGGGGAAAAAAAAAAAUCAGUGCACAAGAAUCGGGCUGCUUAAGCCCAGCACCACACUGAAGUGGGCUCAGUGGUUUUGGAGUGAAGAAGCCUUACUCCCUGCACAUUCCCUCAUGCUCCCACACAAGUCCAGCAGUAGACAUGCUCCAGUUCCUCUUGCCUUGUCGAGGGGACUCGGGAGUUGACCAAGGGAAGCUUUGUCCCCGGAAGGAAUGGGCACUGUCAGUAUCGGUCCUGAAUGGGGCCUAGUCAGGAAGCGGUCUGGAAGUGUACGGUCAUGGUCGCCUCAUGGAAAUGUGUGGCAGGUGGCUCUCAGGAAAAAUACCGAGUCUGGAUCAUCCACGUGGCAGCUUUGCAUAGGGAGAGACAGCUCCGAACUGGAACUGAACUGCCUUCCACACGCUUGACCAAAGCAGUGAUGAGGGUGGCCAGUACAUGCGGUGUGAGUGGUAGAUUUAAAGAGAAGGGAAUGUUUUCUGCUGAUUGUUUCCUUUGUCCUUGGGCUGCUCAAGCUGGACAGUAGGUAACCACUGUUUUCAAGGAACCAGCCCAACUUCGCUGGCUUGGUUCAGAGUUUGUUUCAUCCCUAGCUGUGAGUGCCUUUUGGUCUGGAAAGUUGGCUUGUCUCAUAAUACCCACAGCUAGGACAUUCUCUCUGUAAUUAUGAAUUGUCCUUGUUUUACAUUUAAAGAGAAUGUCUUUGAUCACUAGAGUUUGUCGGUGUUGGAUUGUUUCCACUGUGAGAUUCUUAAACUUUUUUGCUUCAUAGUAUUAAAACAACUCAUGUUAGAGGCCCUUUCAACAUGAAAGGUUUGUAGUUAAGACAUUACAUAUAUUUUAUUGUUUAUAAUAAAAAUCAUCUAUACAAAAGAAGUACUGGGUGUUAAUUUUAAUAUUUUGCACAAGCUCUGUUUUCCAUGAUGUGUUAACAUCUACAAUUUCACUAACUGUUGGUGUUAUUUUCUAUUGAGACUCUGGAGCCUAGGGAGCUAUGUGUUCUUUUUGUUUGUUCUUAUUUCCCUGAAGCAAGAGACUAUAUGGCCUUCAGUGCAAAGACUUCAGACCAAUUCUUUGUAUUACACUUGGUUGCCUCUUGGCUAUAUAACUUCUGAGUGCAAAUCAUUGAACUCUUUAAUGAAGUAUUGUAGAGAAUAAAUCAUAAUGGAUAAAAA